CAGAAGGGCAUCAAUGUAGUGAAGACCUUGGCUUCAGCGGGAAUUCAACAGAGAGUUCUUUUUCUCCUAAUGCAGCUGGUGGUUCUGUCAGUCAUAGACUAUGGGCUGGGCAUCCUCUCCCUGUCCAAGACUCGGAUAGACAGGUUGGAGAGAGUACAGAAUGCAGCUAUGAGGGCCGUUCUAGGUUGCACAAAGGACACCCAUGUUGUCUGUAUGAGAUACAUCC